CUCAUCCGCCGGUCGACAUAGGUCCCCGCGCAUUGCUACUCCGAUCAUUUAGUGUCGUGUUUACAGCCACAAAAGAGGGACAUUUUGCGUUAUCUACGAUAAUCCCCGCGCCAAUUCAACUAAAAAAAACGGCUUUGUUUGGUUAUUUUGUUUUAGCCUAGAUUGGACAUCGCUGAUGUUUAAGCCUCCGUGUCCCCCAGUAGGCUGUGCUGCGGAUUGAUACUUAACUUCAUUGGAACCGACAAUGUGGAGGCUGUUAAAAUGUCUACUUGGAAAAUGAAAUGGUUACAUUUUCUCUAACAAUAAGGAAACGGAGCAGCAAAAGAGUUAUGGUUCGUGUUAGAAACGUAUAUUCACUUUCGUGACGAAGACAACGACCAAACGAGGCGACGGAGGAGUGGUUCAUAUUGUCUUUCCUCAUUUUCAUCAAGCCCUCAGUCCGGACCACGGGGGGAAGGAUCCUAUCCCUAACUUUGUUUUUCUCUCUCCUGCGGCCGUCGAAUUCUCCCUGUUGGAUGCCAUAUCAUUGAAUCCAGUCGCUCGCUGAGACUGAAAGGCCCAAGUGAACAGCAGCAGAGAAUGGCUGCAGUGGAAACAGACAAGGAGCUCAACGACUUGCUGGAUUUUAGCGCGAUGUUUGAGCCUCCAGUUUCAAACGGCAAGAACCGGCCGACUACUCUCGCCAGCAGUCAGUUUGGAGGUUCAGGUAUAGAUGAGAGGAGUGGGUCCAGCCCCUGGGGCCCAGGAGAACAGAACAGUCCAUCUUUCAACCAGGGAAGGGGUUAUGGAGAUCAAGGCCUUUACGGUGAGCAAGAGGGCAUUGCCUCUGCCCCUAUGUAUGGAUCAGGGAUUGUUGGGAAGGCUGAGCGAGGACCAUAUUCGUCAUUUGCAGCACAGCCGGGCUUUAUGCCCAGUGAGAUGCCCAUGCCCAGUCCCGAUGCCCUCUCCCCGUCUGGCCUGAAGUCCAACUCCCAGUUUUAUUCCUCCUAUGAGGGAAGCAACCCUCGCAGGAGACCCUCACAGGAGCCUAUUGGACCACAGCCUAAAAAGAUCAGGAAGGUGCCCCCUGGCCUACCCUCCUCUGUUUAUGCAUCAGCCUCAGGAGAGGAUUUUAACAGGGACAAUGCUGGGUACCCGGCCUCCAAGGCAGGAAAUGUCUACCAACAUUAUUACAUGCAAGAAGGCCUCCACCCGCCCUCUGAUCCAUGGGGCUCUGCCAGGUCGAUGGUUCAGCCUGGUUAUUCUGCCAUGCUGGCCAACUCCCCCCAUCUGGGCCAGCCUGCUCCCUUCACUGCCAUCAACCCCCAAGACAGACUGAAACGGCAGCCACUGCCCCUCUCUCCCCAAAACUACCCCAUGCAUGGCAGUGAGGUGAAUGGGGCUCAUCCUGCUGGUUUCCAUUCUGGCCCCGGCAGCUUCGGAGUCCCCAGCCACACACCCCCUAUGGCUGACACCAUUAUGGCCAAUCGAGGAGCAGUACCUGGAAGUUCAGGUGAUGAGAUUGGGAAAGCCUUGGCAUCUAUCUAUCCUUCAGACCCACACAGUAACACCUUCCCUCCGUCUCCAUCCACUCCCUCCGGCUCUCCCCAGGCUGUAUCAGGCUCUGCAUCCCAGUGGACUCGGUCCUCUGGCCAGGCCACACCUUCUCCCAACUUUGAGGGUGGAAUUCAAUCCAUGCCAAGUAAAAUGGAGGACCAUCUGGAUGAAGCCAUCAAUGUUCUUCAGCGUCACGCCAGUGGACAAGGAGGGCCAGGACUGGCUGAGAUGCAUAGUCUGCUCUCGUCUAGCUUAGGGUUGCCACCAGCCUUCACCAGUGCAGCACUUGGAUUGGCCAGUCGCCUGCCUGGACUGCUGUCCGGUCACCGUGAGGACUCUCCUGGUCUGCCCUCUAGUGGAGGACUUAUGCACGGUCACCACGGCCCUGCAUCUGCCCAGCCAGGCUCUCAGCCUGAAGGUUUUACUGCCCUGUCCGGGAGCCAAAGUCGCUCCAGUGGUUCUGAUAUCAAACGAGAGGACAAGGAGGACGAUGAAAACUGCUCAAUCACCGACAGGUCAGAGGACGAGAAAAAAGACGUGAAGGCCCGCCUGGGAACAAGCAAUGUCUCGGUGACCGAUGAGAACCUGACUGCCGAGGAGAAGGAGCAGAGGGAGCGUGAGCGCCGCAUGGCUAACAACACUAGGGAGAGGGUGCGCGUGCGUGACAUUAACGAAGCCUUCAGAGAGCUGGGCAGGAUGUGUCAGGUCCACCUGCAGAGCGACAAGGCCCAGACCAAGCUUAUCAUCCUGCAACAGGCUGUCCAGGUCAUUAUGGGCCUGGAGAAGCAGGUGCGAGAGCGUAAUUUGAACCCAAAGGCUGCCUGCCUCAAGAGGAGAGAGGAGGAAAAGGUUUCCGGCGUGGACCCCCAGAUGCAGCUUGGUGGGGGUCACCCUGGUCUAGGAGGAGAUGGACAUAUGUAAUUCUCAGUUCCUGUUGAUUGUACAGCCCUUAGAACACGUGGCCUUAAUCUAUCAUUGUCAUGCAUCUCAGUGUGUGUUAAUCAACUUUUGGAAAGCACACACGCACACACACCUCAUUACUGACAAAGCAGGUGGCCACAUUCCUGACUAUGAAUACAAAA